AUGGCCGACAUCACAAAGAUGUACCAUCAGCUCAUUCUUCAUCCUGAGCACACGAAUUUUCAAAGGCUUGUGUGGCGAGAGCACGAAACUGAUCCUAUUUGCGACUACAUGAUCACUCGAGUAGGUUUUGGAUUGGGAUCUUCACCAUUUUUAGCAACACGUGCUCUAGUUCAAUUGGCACAUGAGCAUCAACUCACUCAUUCUUUGGCCUCAGAAGCGAUUCUUAAAUCCUUCUACGUCGACGACUGUCUUUUCUCGGCUGAGUCCCCCACGAUCAUGAAUGAGACUUGCUUACAAUUGGUGGAUAUGCUGGGUAAGGGCGGAUUCGUUCUCGCAAAGUGGAUGUUCAGUCACCCUUCCAUUCAACAAUUUGACUCUAAGCUCAACGCCACCACACUCAUCACGGAUUCAACGAAAGCACUUGGGUUACGUUGGACCGCUUCUUCUGACACAUUCAAUUUUGUUUCUCCCAUUCCCUUGGACCAAACUAAGAUGACAAAACGUUCGAUUGCUUCGGAUAUAGCUAAGAUAUUUGACCCUCUUGGUCUUAUUGGCCGAGUGGUAGUUACCGCCAAAAUCAUUCUCCAAGAGCUUCACCAAUUGAAGGGAAAAUGGGAUGACGAAGUGCCUGCAGAAUAUGGCCAUCGGUGGCAUACAUUCUCCAAAUCCAUACAGAAUGUUCACCACAUUAGUGUUCAGAGAUGGAUAAGUUUCAGUCCUUCAAUGUCACAGCUCGAAUUACGCGGCUUCUGUGACGCAAGCACCAAGGCCUAUGGAGCGGCCAUUUAUGCAAUUACUCGUCACAGAUUCUUGAAAUCUCAAAUCCAGUUGAUUGGGGUCACGUACCAACUGCAUCGAAUCCAGCUGACCUUAUAUCUCGAGGCCUUUCUCCUGCUUUGGUGGUCUGGACCGACAUGGCUAACUCGUGAAGAACACGAAUGGCCUCGAUUACCCAAUUUGAUUCAUCAACGCCCAUCCGAAGAGUUCAAUGAUGCUUCAAUCUCACUCACAAUUGCGAAUGAGCAACCAUUUUUUGAGACAUUUAUCGAAAAAUCUUCCUCGUUGAGAACUCUACAAAUUCGCUUGGCUUGGUGUCUCCGAUUCGCUCACAAUUCUUCUAACACUCACUCAAAGCGGACUGGCACUCUCUCACUUGAAGAACUGGAAUUCAGCUUGAGGCGACUCAUCUACCUGGAUCAGCAUCAGUGUUUCCCAAAAGUGAUCCUUCAACUGAAAAUUGGACGGGAACUUCCAUCCUCGUGGAAACAUCUCCAGCCUCUAUCACCGUAUCUCGACUCUGAAGGUCUAGUCAGAGUCGGGGGAAGAUUGGAGAAAUCAGAUGAAUCGAUGGAAGCGAAACAUCCUAUACUUUUGACAAAGUCAAAGCUACAGGAGCUGAUUGCCAUCAAUGAACACCGUCGUCUCUUACACGCUCCGCCCGCUCUGCUACUUGCUUCGUUCAGGCAACGAUUCUGGCCAAUAGGAGGGAGAAACUUGUUCAGGAAGAUUGUGAGACAAUGUUACACUUGCGUCCGAGCACGACCUAGACCACUCGAUCAAAUCAUGGGACAACUUCCUGCCCACAGAGUCGUCUUCAAUCGUCCCUUUCAUGCUACAGCAGUUGAUUACGCGGGACAUCUCAUGUACAAGACUAGCCACUUGCGAAAUGCCAAAACAUGCAAAGGAUACAUAUGCUUGUUUGUCUGCAUGUCCGUGAAGGCUCUUCAUUUAGAGUUAGUUACAGACAUGACAACGGAGGCCUUUCUCACAGCGUUUCGGAGAUUUGUUUCUCGCAGAUCUGCACCGAGGCACAUGUACUCCGAUUGCGGAACCACGUUCGUCGGUGCCAACAAACAGCUCUGCCAACUUUAUCUCAACGAGAAGCAAAUCGCCGCAGCAUCAGCAGACUCAGGAACCAUCUGGCACUUUAAUCCCCCUGGGGCCCCGCACCAAGGAGGUCUUUGGGAAGCAGGGGUAAAAAGCGUGAAGUAUCACUUACAGCGUACUCUAAAUCAAUCCCUGCACACCUUCGAAGAGAUCUCCACUAUGCUACAUCAAAUUGAAGCGACUUUGAACAGCCGUCCCAUCAGUCUAAUGUCUGAUGACCCCACGGAGAACAACUAUCUAACACCGGGACAUUUCUUAGUGGGAGCACCGUUGACAAGUCUACCAGAUCCAGAUUUGUCUCAUCUUCAAACCAACCGGAUGAAUCGAUGGCAAAUAACCAUUACUCAUGCCAAGAAGGUGUACACUACUUUCGAAGAAGAUUCUGAUACACCAAGUGAACCUCCACUACAAAUCGAGAAUAUGAUACAAAGUCGUGCCAAAACUUCGUCUUCGUCAGAUUUCUCCCGUCUGUCAGACAACCUCACCACACCUACAUCUCACGAAGGUGAUGCAGAUGUUUUUGAUUCCUCCAAAUCUCAAGAGCUUCAGGAUGCUUCCGUUGUUACCCUGCGGCCUCAUCGUCCCGCUCGACGUCCAGUUAAAUAUCAAGAUUAUGUUCUAUAA